AUGAAGUCGUCCGCUUUGAUGGCCAUUGCCGCCUCCAUGGCUGCUGUCUCGGCCUCCAACUGUGAUUUUAUCCAGGGUAACUACUACUGUGCCAAAACAAACAAGGUUGCCUUCCAGAACGUCGGUUUCUCUUCGUCUUACCAGGACGUUGUCUCCAUGGACGAGAACUCUGGUAAGUGUACGCAGAAGACCUACGAGUUCUCUGGUAACUUGGCUCCUUUGAACGAGGACUUGUCCUUGCACUUUAGGGGUCCAUUGAAGUUGAAGCAGUUUGGUGUCUACUACCCAGCUUCUGGCUCUAAGAACAACAAGAGAGCUGACGAUGAGGACUGCUCGACCACCAAGCACGUUCACCACAAGCACGUUAAGAGAGCUACUGCUUUCGUUACCCAGACUGUGUUUGUUGACCAGUAUGGUAACACUGUCACUUCCAGUGCUACUGACACUCCAUCCACCGCUGACGGUGAGUCUUUCGACACCACCCAGACCAACGUGGCUUCUGUGUCUUCUGACGGUGGCUCUCCAGCUUCCUCCAAUGGUGCUGUGGACGCUUCUUCCACUGACUCCGGCUCGUCCUCCACUGCUUCUGCCAGCUCUGGCGACUGGGUCCGUGCCGCUUACUACAAGCCAGGCACCGCCGAGAACUGUACCUUCUUGAACCACCACGGUGGUUCUGGUUCUGGUGUUUGGUCUUCUGCCCUUGGUAACUCUCUUUCUUACGCCAACAAGGACAAUUCCAACGCCGCCUCCUCUCCUCAGAUCUUGGACGAUGUCACCAUUCCUUCCAACACUGAGUUUGUCAUCAUGUCUGGUCUCAAGUGUGGUGACGACUCUGAGAACAGCGACUGUGGUUUCUACAGAAAGGGUAUCCCUGCUUACCACGGUUUCGGUGGUGACACCAAGAUGUUUGUUUUCGAAUUCACUAUGCCUUCUGACGGCUCCAAGGGUUUCAACGCUGACAUGCCAGCUAUCUGGGCUUUGAACGCUAAGAUCCCAAGAACUUUGCAAUACGGUGAGUCCACUUGUUCUUGUUGGAAGACCGGCUGUGGUGAAUUGGACUUGUUCGAGAUUCUCCACUCUGGUUCCGACAAGUUGAUUGCUCAUUUGCAUUCCGGCCAGGGCUCUAACGGUUCCGGCUACGGUGGUGGUGGUUCUCAGGACUACUUUGAGAGACCAACCGACAAGUCCAUCAAGGCUGCUGUCAUCUUGACCGGUAAGGAGAUCGUCAUCAAGAUUGUUGACGAUGACUUUGACGCUGUCUUGUCCUCCAACACUGUCGAUGGCUGGUUGGACGCUCAGGGCACUGUCGCCAAGAUCGCUAACUAG